AUGAACUUCCUGCGGUUGCCCUGGAAUGAAAUCUAUGGCCACGAGAUGCUCAUAUUCAGCAUGGCCCCCGUGAAGGUUCCUGUUGGGAAAGGGAACUGGAUUUUACGCUUCCAGAUUUUUCUAGAGUUCUAUGAAAACCCAGAGCGGUGCUGUCCACAGCAUGCGCGUAUGAGCAACAAGACUUGGGAAAUGGACAUGCGGUUGAGCCUGGAGGCUUCUCCCCAAGAUCCAAAAGAAGCCCUGCUGCAAACAUCCAGGCGCAUCCUUUCUGGCAGCCCACAAUCCAGAGCAGCUUGGAGCCGGCUCGCUUGUUCAUUCACCUACGGGCCAGACUAUCUAAGCUCGCAGUUCUUGGAGUGCCCCUUGCCAACGGAUGCCAGUGCCUUUUUGGACCACAUGACCGAAGAUGACUCGCUGAAAGCAACCCUCGAGAUUGCCUCGAAAACCAUUGUACCGCCCUCCACUCUGAGCUUCACCCUUGCGUUUGAAAGGGGGCCCCUCAAAGAGAAGCAGCGGUUUCUCUCGGCUUGCAUCGGGCCGAUAUACGGACGAGAUCACUUCAAGCCUAGGGCCUGGAUUGAGCACAUUGAGUUCUACCAUCGCGUUCAUGGCGUCGAGCACUUUUUCAUCUACGGUCGGAAGGACGUUCCUGAUGAUCUUUUCAAGCUGUACCCCGACCUUGUGACGUUUCGCCGGUGGUUUACGUCAACCGACGAUGAAACGCUGAAGAAUAGGUUCGGCAACGUCUACGAUCUGUAUCAGGUGUACAACCACUGUCUCCAGACCAACAAGCAUUCCUCAAAAUGGCUCAUGUUCUUCGACUUGGACGACUACCUGAUACCGAACAUGAGGGACUGCAAGAUCGAGAAGACCCUUCCUCAAAUCCUCGCGGAGAAGAACCAUUGCGCCACAUUCGUCACCCCUGAGUAUCCUUUCCUACCGGCUGAAGAGGAGGCCGCCUCCGAUCUAGUUAUCGAUCGGUGCAGACGGAAGACGCAUAAAAGUCCUCAGUUCCUGAAGACUAUCCUACAACCACUCUUGGUAAGGUUGUCCUCUUGUCAGAAAGGCGAUUCCGCACAGUACCUUUCUGUGUUACGAAGAGUUCAGAGGAAGCGGAAGCAGUGCAAGCUUCAUCUCGCUGACUAUGGGUGCCUUUUCACAGUGUGGUGCAUUCUCUCCUACCCUGCCCAUUACUAG